AAGAGAAAAUUAACUGCUUUACACUUAGAAAAUACUUCAUACAGAGAUAAUAAAAUCUUCUUCUCUAGCUCCAUUUGAGUGCAUUGAGUGUCUGACAUUGCAUCGCUGAAUGAUGCAGUCUCAGCAUAAAGGCUGCAUCCAGAUACUAUAGCAAAUUCAAGGACACAUGGAAAAUGAUUAAUAAUAUAAAAACAAAAUAAAAGUGAUCAAAAUGACAUACUUUAAAUAUUUAAAAAAAUAUUUUUCGUUUAAGCUAAUUUACCUACGACUCGCUGAAGUUGGCUGGGCAGUGUGUGGGACAUGGCAAAAUCACAUACAUCAAUGAAAGAAUAAGACAAAAAUUGACAAAAACAUUUCAAAACACUUAUAAUUCUACCUGCAUGUGUAAAGGUUUAACCAAUUAUAUUAACACAUUCAUUGAUUCGCAUUAUGUUCAUAUAGGACUAAUUUAAUCUUGGGGGACAUCAAAGGCACUUUAUUGACAUUCACCAUUUUUAAUGACGAUACAUUUGUUGUUUUAUCAUUGUUUUUAUCUUAUUUUCUUUACACUGUUAUGUUUAUUAAUGUUUUUAUACUUAUAUUUUAUUAAAAUCUGAUUUACUUCAGAAAAAUAUUGUUUUAUAGUUGUCUGUCCGCCAUUAUAAGUAUUAAGUUUGUGUUUUACAUUAAGUGCCGUUUAAAGUGCUGAUUAAAGAGUUUUUUUUACUUCACAUAAGAUCGAGUAAUAUGGCUUUUUGUCUACAUAACGAUUGUUUUGACUUUUGAUCCGCCGUUGUUGUUCUCGCCUCGCCGUGAUGACGUCAGCGCUGACGCGUUCAUUCAGCGUCGAGUCUUCAGAGCUGAGGUGAGUCGUUGACGCUUUUUCUCGUGUUUACACAACAAUAAAACACACUUUACAGUUUAUUAAAGUGACAAUCUGCGACUAGUUUCUGCAUUGAGUUCACCUCUAUCUGUGUCUGCUGACCAAAACAAUACAGCAGGCAGAGAGCAGCUCUGAGAGGACAAUGUGAGUGAAGUGUUUGUGGUUUUCUUUAACGGUUAACUUGCAGGCUAACUGCGUUUGUAUAUAACCGUCUGGGGUAAUGUAAUAAUGUACUCUGUUAAUGUAAUAGAGUAACGUAUAAUCUGAAAAUAGUGUAACUUUAAUAUAUGUGAGCUUAAAUGAAAUUAUUAAAUUGUUAGUUUGGAUUUUUUAUAACGUUUUUCACAUACCACAUCAUGAAUCUGUUAGCAGUAUACUUUCUUUAUUUGGUGUGCAUACUUCUUAGUUUUCUAUGCUAAAAAGCUGGUAGUAAUGUAGUUUUAUUGUGUUCUAAAAUAUUUUAGUUGUAAGCUGCUAUUUAUGCUUCAUCAUACUGAUGUGUUAUUUUUAUUGUAAGCGGAACUGAGCAAAUUAUGCCAUUGCUUAUUUUAUCACUUAGAAGCUAUAAUAUAAUAUAAUUUAGUUCAUUAAUCAGUGUAAAUGAAUCAGAUUUCUGUUUUAUCCUCUAAAGCUCCGCCGCCAUCAGUGAAAGACAAAGACAGAGUUUAUUGAAGGACAGUGAGAAGAUGAGUGAUCCAGAACCCUGCAGAAUUAAACAGGAAGAGACUGAAGAACUAAUAGAUGUAAUUGUGAAGGAGGAGAGGGAAGAGCUGAGUGAAGAUGAGGAGAAACAUCAAAUCAAAAGUGACCUUGAAUUUCAGUCAGUGACGGAAGAUAGUUUUUUAAUAAAAACAACAGCAGUAAAAGCUUUCACCUGCACUCAGUGUGGAAAGAGUUUUGGGAAUAAAAGCAAUCUCAACCGUCACAUGAGAAUCCACACUGGAGAGAAACCUUACAAGUGUUCACACUGCGACAAGAGAUUCAUUCAUUCAGGAAACCUGAAAAUACAUGAAAGGAUCCACACUGGAAGGUCACUGUUCACAUGUACUUACUGUGGGAAGAGUUUCAGACAAUCAUACCUUCAUCAACACAUGCUCAUCCACACUGGAGAGAAAACACACAAGUGUGAUCAGUGCCACAAAACAUUUUUGAGGCCUUCAGAUCUGAAGACCCAUCUUAGAGUUCACACAAAGGAGAAGCCUUAUUCAUGUCCUGAGUGUGGGAAGGGGUUUUCACAGCACUCGAGUUUAAGCCUACAUCAGAAGAUCCACACUGGUGUGAGGGAGUUUGUGUGCAGGGAAUGUAAGAAGAACUUUAUUACAGCUGGAGACUUGAAAAAGCACCAGAUGAUUCACACUGGAGAGAAACCGUACAAGUGUUCGCACUGCGACAAGAGAUUCAGUCAGUUACGACCAAUGAAAACACACGAGAGGAUUCACACUGGAGAGAAACCGUUGUCAUGUUCUCUGUGUGGGAAGAGUUUCAAUCAAUCAUCAAACCUUUUUCGACACAUGAUGAUCCACACUGGAGAGAGACCACACAGAUGUGAUCAAUGCGGUAAAACAUUUAUGAGGACUUCAGAGUUGAAGAGACAUCUUAGAUUUCAUACAAAGGAGAAGCCUUAUUCCUGCUCUGAGUGUGGAAAGAGUUUCACGAUGAAGUCACAUUGUCAAGCACAUCAGAAGAUCCACACUGGUGUGAGAGAGUUUGUCUGCUUUGAGUGUGGGAAGAGUUUCAUUAGAGCUGAACACUUGAAACAGCACCAGAUGACUCACACUGGAGAGAAACCGUAUGCUUGUUCACAUAGCUUGUGUAACAAAGCGUUCAGAAAUCCAGCACAUCUGAAAACGCAUGAGAGGACUCACACCGGAGAGAAACCGUUUACAUGUACUCAGUGUGGGAAGAGUUUCUCACGUUCAACAUGCCUUCAUCGACACACAAUGAGAAACCACACAAAUCUGAUUAAUGCAGCAAAACAUAAUUGAGUGCAGCUUCGGAUCUGAAGAACUAUCUUAGGUUUCAUACAGCGAAGUAUGUGUCAUGACCGAUGUUUUCACUUCAGUGACAUUUACCUUCCUGAAAAUUUCAAGUUUUAAGACAUAGUUCACCCAAAAAUGAAUAUUGUCAUUAUUUACUCAUCCUCCACUUGCUCCUUAAAACAUGUUUCAAGUUUUUUUUAUCUGUUGAACUUAAAUUAUAAAAAAAAAACAUUGGAAACUUGUAACCAUUGACUUCCUCAGUAUAUUUAUUUCCUACUGUAGAAGUGGUUAUGAGUUUCUAACAUUUAUCAAAAUAUCUAUAAACAAAAACGUUAAAAAUAAUGAUUUUAUACUCAAUAUUAGUAAAGGCUUAAUUAUACUCCUGCGCCACAUGAUAGUUAUAACCCACAGCACAUGCCUUGCGUGCAGUCAUGCAUUUAUACUUCUGCAUUUUUUUGUUGUUCUGCAGUAACACUUCUGAAACACUAGUUGGCAGUGCGGGUUCUGUCUUUUAUGCUCCUCUGUGUAAAGUUUCUUCUCAGGUGUUUUGUUUACACAGUUCAUGUUCAUUGAAAAGUAAGAAUGAAUAAUAAAUCCAUAUGAAACAA